AUGAUAGUUGACGGCGAAAAGUACGCCUGCGAGGCAUGCGUGCGCGGGCACCGUGUCAGCAACUGCCAGCAUUCGGCGACGGCUCCCAACCCCACGCCCACUGCCGCCCACCGCACGCCCACUACCACGCCCACCGCGAUGGCCUCAUCCAGUCGAUUAUGCCGUUGUUUGUCUCUUGCUCUGCAGCUUGUCUCUGACUCCCUCUCCCCUCUCGCAGAUCGCCCUCUUCAGCACAUCAACAAAAAGGGUCGUCCCGUCUCUCAGUGUGCCCACUGCCGUUCCAUGCGCAAGUCUCGCGCCGCCCACAUCAAGUGCGACUGUGGUGAGAAGACGAGCAAGUGCACUCACCUGCAGCCUACCGUCGAAGGACACACUGGUGAGCCCCUUGAACCCUCUCGUCAGACGUGCUGUUGCAACCACGGUGGUCGCUGCACCUGCGCCCUCAAGAAGGAGCCAAGCCUCGACACCGUUCACGAAUCCGACUCGGAACAAGAAAUAGUCGACAUUCACGCUUCUGCUCUGGCCGCCAGUCGCCCCAAGCCUCCCGUCAGACCCAGACGUCGCGCCAAUACCAUUCACUCCGACGGCGGUCUUUGCUUUGAUGAAAACGGCCACCACAAGCCCACAGCCAAGCACAACCGUGCUGCCCAAAAGUGCAAUCCCUACCAGCUCAACCGCGUCAACUCGGCCAACAGCGCUAGCAGCCUCGGUGCCGGCGUCGAGGGCCUCAGCUUCACUCACAACCCGGAUGUGCGCAACACUCCCAAGUGUGUCGCCGCCCGUGAACGCCGCGUCAAGUCGGAAACCGCCUCGCCCCUCAUGUCUGGCGCUCCUUUUCCCCUCAGCGCUGCCAAUCUGCCACCUCUUGAUCUCUCCAGGAUCGACAACGCCGCCUAUGCGAACAACGGCUCCUUUGACCUCUUUGGCUCCGGCUUUGACCACGAUGGCCCCAUGUACAGCGCUGGUCUCUCGGCUGCCUCGGUUGAUUGGAGCCACUACGAGUUCAGCGACAGCCGCACCGACAACUUUGCCCCUUCGAGCUAUAGCCAGACUGGUGGUCGCAGCUUCAACGGACUCUUUGAGUUUGGCAGCGGCUCUGAGCAGCUCCCCAACCUCGCCAACACCACGUCCACCUCGGGUGAUGUCUCUGAAGUUGAAGAUCUUUUGCCAGGUGGCGACGACAUGGACGGCUUCGGUGGCAACGGCUUCCUUCGGCAGAAUGUCAUGACGGCUGGUGCUGCUGAUCUGUCUAGCAUCGACUACGAAAGCUUCUACAAGAACGCCGACACAGCUGCCAUGGCUGGUUCUGGCGUUUCUCUUGUCGAGGAGGAUCCCGCAUUCUGGAUGCCCAACUACAAUGAUGGCAUUGCCACUGUUGAUGAAAGCCCUGAUCCGCUCGGUGCUGCAACAGCAAACAACUUUUGGCAGAUGUAG